AUGGCAAAGCCAGGUAAAGGGAAGAAAGGAAAAGGUCUGGGCAAGCCCGGCGGGAAGAAGCAAAAGAAGCCGGAGGUGGACAUCCUCAGCCCGGCUGCGAUGCUGAACCUCUACUACAUCGCACACAACGUCGCCGACUGCCUGCAGAUGCGGGGCUUCCGCUGGCCAGGGGCUCCCAAGACGAAGAAGGGGAAAAAUAAGACUUAAGUGAUAGCAUUUCACGAGAUACCUCUAUUACAGAGAACAGAACUUGGGAAGGAAGAAAGAGGGUCAUCCAACUAUCGCCAGCAAAAUGGACUUCCCUGGAGACAACUUGAAACGCAAGCCAAGGGUGCUUUUCUGUAGUAGUUAAUGAUAAUGAAAUGCGUUUCCCUCCUCAGCUGAGUCCAGGUAUGGUUAGCCACUUUCGGUUUUUCAGACAUUAAGGGGGAAAAAGUCCGAGUCAUUCCUAUACAGUGUGGUGGAUUUGGUAGUCCUUUCAAAGUAUUAUUAUAAUUCUGGGUCCGAAUUAAACCUUGCUCUCAAAGGGCAGUUCUGAUUUGCAUGAGUUGUUUUCCUUUACCCGAGGGGGUUUGUUAUUUAGAGAAGACUCCCAUAAAAAAGAGGAUUUACUUAUGAACAUCCUCCCUUGGGUGCUGUUUCCUUUCCCCGUCUUUUUUAGAAAAAAUAAAAACUAUUUUGUUUCUGUAAUUUUUUUCUUGGCAGCCUGACUCUGAUUUGAAUUAACCGCAGAUGCUGGCGCUGGUGGCAUUAGUACUCCGACCUUGCCAGGGCAGAGAGACAAAUGAUCAAAUGCAGCUGAAAUUGACUGUGGGCCUGGUUGCACACAUAUCUGUGACUCUGCUAAAAAUCAUUGAACUGUAUGCUUUCCAUGGGUGAAUGAUAGGGUAUGUCACUUGUAUCUCAUUAAAGCUGGUUAAAAAAAACCUGAAGCAGAAGCUGUAUGAAGGC